AUGAAGAGCCCCUCUAGCUCGGCUGUGGCCGAAAAGGACGAUCAGAGAGAUGCCGUACCCUCCGCCACAGCCACUAUCCGGGUGGAAGGAAUGACAUGUGGAGCCUGCGUAGAGUCCAUUGAAAAGAUGCUACGGACUCAACCCGGCAUCAUCAAUGUCUCCGUCGCUCUUCUAGCAGAGAAGGCAGUCGUGGAGUACAGUCCAGCAGACUGGACUGCUGAGAAGGUUGGCGAAGCAAUAGAGGACAUCGGUUUCGAUGCCUUCCUCGAGAGCGACGUCACAAAGAGUGCGCUCUCAGGGCCACGAGGCAGUGUAGGAUUAGUACCUCCAGAGGUGGAAGAUUGCGUGCUGAGCAUCUACGGUAUGACCUGCUCAGCCUGUGUUGCAUCAAUCGAGAAUGGUCUUCGAGAGAUGCCAGGAGUGAUAUCUUGCGAAGUCGCUCUCACUACGGAGCGAGCUCGCAUCACAUACGAUGGCAAUACAGUCGGCAUUCGGUCUCUAGUCGAGAGGAUAGAGGAAAUGGGCUUCGACGCAGUCGUCUCAGACGAGCGGGAUUCGACGCAAUUACAGUCUCUGAGUCGGGUGAAAGAGAUUGCGCAGUGGAGAAGGGCCUUUCUAGGCGCCCUCACAUUCGGUAUCCCGGUCUUCCUCAUCUCCAUGGUACUGCCGAAGGUGCAAUUCUUCCGCAACAUUCUCAUGUGGCAGCCGAUCUCCCGGAUCUGGCUGACAGACCUCCUCUGCCUACUCUUGACCAUCCCUGUCCAAUUCGGCAUCGGUCUUCGCUUCUACCGUACAGCGUGGAAGGCAGUCAAGCACGGUUCCUCAACGAUGGACGUCCUUGUAGUUCUCGGAACUACUGCCUCCUUCACUUACUCAGUGAUAGCCAUGCUGAGCACAUUCCUCUUCCCUUCCGAAUCAAAUCCUCCAAAAGCAACGACCUUCUUCGAUACCUCUACCAUGCUCAUCACCUUUGUCAGCUUCGGCCGCUACCUUGAGAACACGGCAAAAGGAAAAACCUCAGAGGCUCUCAGUCGCCUCAUUGGUCUCGCGCCAUCUUCGGCAACGAUCUAUGCUGAUGGAGAAAAAUGCUCAGUUGAGAAGAAGAUCGCUGGGGAGCUUGUACAACGGGGGGACUACGUCAAGGUUGUUCCAGGGGACCGGAUACCUGCAGACGGCACGGUCAUUCGUGGAUCAAGCACCGUGGACGAGAGCGUUGUGACAGGAGAAGCCAUGCCUGUCUCCAAGGUACAAGGCUCUAGGGUCAUUGGAGGUACCGUCAACGGACUGGGCACCUUCGACUUUGUAGUCGACCGAGCCGGUAAAGACUCUUCUCUCGCGCAGAUCAUUCGACUCGUCUCGGACGCUCAGACGAGCAAGGCGCCCAUUCAAGCUUUUGCAGAUCGUAUAGCGGGCAUCUUUGUCCCGUGCGUCAUCGCGCUGGGACUGCUCACUUUCUUCUGUUGGCUCAUCAUCGCCCACGUCUGCGACAGUGAGCGUUUACCGGAUAUCUUUGCUCAUACCUCUUCCAAGUUCGCCACUUGUCUCAAGCUCUGCAUUUCAGUCGUGGUCGUUGCCUGCCCCUGUGCGCUUGGCCUUGCAACUCCCACCGCCGUCAUGGUAGGCACGGGUGUGGGAGCUCAGAAUGGGAUCCUGAUCAAAGGAGGUGGACCGCUAGAGGCUAGCGUCAAGAUCAAGAAGAUCAUCUUCGAUAAGACCGGCACGCUCACAAUGGGCAAGGUCGCGGUCACACACACGGAGUGGGUUGCACCCGGCCCUUCCUUGUCAAGUGAAAAUGCUGAGUAUGGCAACGAAGCGACUGCUGCGUCUGGCUUUCUGCGCUCGCAAGCUCUGCGACUCAUAGGUACUCUGGAGAGUCGCAGCGAGCAUCCUCUGGCGCACGCCAUCGCCUGCCAUGCUGCUCAGGUCCUCGGUGUGCCCCAAGAGGAGUUCCCUGAGCCGGGUCGAGCAGCCAUGGAAGACUUUGAGAACAUCGUUGGCAAAGGUGUCAGAGGGAGACUUCGCCUCGCUCUGCCGGAUGGACGAUGGAGUACUCAUCAGAUGGCUGUGGGCAACUGGAGUCUUGUCUUCAAAGAGGGCGCUGCUGUGCCUCCAUCUCUCAGCGCCUUUGCUGCUGCUGAGGAGCGUCAAGCUCAUACUCUAGUCUAUGCAGCCAUCGAUGGGCAACCUGUCUGCGCCUUUUCCCUUUCAGAUGAGGUGAGGCCUGAGGCUCGCGCAGCCAUCGAAGCGCUCCACAGUAUGGGCAUCAGCACUGCAUUGGCAACAGGAGACAGCCAAGUGACAGCCGAGGCAGUAGCCAGGCAGGUAGGCAUCCCGAUAGACUCGGUGUAUGCAGCCAUGUCGCCUCUAGCCAAGAGCGAGCUAGUGGCGCACCUCCAGUCCACCUCCACACGUGGGAAAGCAGCCGUAGCCUUUGUCGGUGACGGCAUCAAUGACGCUCCCGCCUUGGUCACCGCCGACGUGGGCAUCGCGCUCAGCUGCGGCUCACAAAUCGCACUCGAGUCUUCAUCCAUCGUCCUCGUGCGCAACACCCUUCUAGACGUACCCGUCUCACUACUCCUCGCACGUCGUAUCUUCCUCCAGAUCAGACUCAACUUUGCCUGGUCCACUGCAUACAACCUUGUAGCUCUACCCAUUGCAAUGGGCUUGGGUCUGCCAUGGGGUCUUUCCAUGCAUCCCAUGAUGGCAGGAGCGGCCAUGGCUGCCAGUAGCGUGAGCGUUGUAGGCGGAAGUUUGACGUUGCGCUUCUGGAGGAGACCGAAGCAUCUAAGGGGUCCGCAGGGAGAUGAUGGAGAAGGAGAAGCAGGAAAGGCAAAGCGCGAGCGGAGAAGUCUCUCCUUGGGCGAUGAGCCACCCUCGGGAGGGGGAGGAUGGAAUACCGCUUCGCCCUUUUCUGCCACCACCUUGGUAAACGCAGACGGCCCGCCCUGGUGGCGCUCCAUCUUCGAUCGGGUCGCAGACUUACUGCCUAGCUCGGCAAUGAGGAGGAGAGAGUCAGCAGGGUAUACUGGCCUCCCCUCCAGGCCAGCAGACGAGUUUGAAAUGGCCUAG